GAUUUAUUAUCUCGUUCCUUAAAUUUGACACAGAAAUGGAAAAGCAUACUAUGAUAGAACAACCUAAAAGAGAGGACAUAUUUCACAAGAAGCCCUCGAAGGAAUUAAAGGAUAUCAAACACGGAGACAAGAAGUUAGAAGUCAAGUUCAUUAUCCUCGAAAAGACAGCAUCAAUUCCUCUCAAAAACUCUGAUUUAUUGACUCAAUUUCUAGUAGCUGAUGAGACUGCUAGCAUCAGGUGCAAUUUCUUUGGAGAAAUAGGGGCUGACCUACAACCAGGAGAUAUUAUUUACAUGAAUGAAGCUUACGCGACUACGUACAAGAAUAUGUUGAUCCUUUAUCAAGGCAAGAAGGGCAAAGUCCAUCGGAUAGGUGACUUCUUCUUUAAUUUCGACGAGACCUUGCUUAAAUCAAAGGUUCAGUAA